AUGAGAGUGUUACUGCUUCUGCUCCUUGCUACAGCGGUCUGCUGUAACAAUGUUUAUGAUCAGGAAAUGGAGUGGAAUUCGGAAGAGAUUUGGAGGAGUAAGUGGGACCGUAAAGCGCAGAUCUUGUUACUGAUUUUCAUGGCUAAAGCCAGGCCUAUCCUUUCAGUCGAUGCCUCGUUUGAAAGGCUUUUUUUCAGUCGAGGCAUCGAAUGCUGGUAUCCUGAGAUGUGGGCUCGAUUAGGUUCGACUGUAUCCAAUAAGAUAAACACUACUUUUUCGAGUUUCUAAUAAGUCUGUCGGGAAAAUAAUAAGCGCAAUUGCUGCAUCUAUGAACUGAAGAUCAAUGUGAUUUCGCCACAAUUCAUUUCCUUGGGGACGAUGCGAUUUUUGAGCGUAUUCUCCCAGAGUAGUAUUUUUUUGGAACAGUCAAAUUUCAGAGUUACAAAAAGACCCAACUCAGGCCUUCUUUACCAGCCCUUUCAAGCGCUCUCGGACCAACCUUAAGCGCCGAACCAACGACCGUUUACCCAGAGAGGUUGUUGUUCAUUCAUAUGACCUCCGAUUUGAACCCUUUUUCGACUUCGAUGGCUUCUUUUACAACAGAGGUGAGCAUUGUGCCAUUUCGUGUGCCAAAAAGCCUGCUUUGCUUUUUGUUUUGGAUUAGGGCUAAAUUAUGUACUUUAAUUUGAUCCAAAUAUGGCAAAUGAUAUAUCGAACGAAAGCUUGAGUUCUCGACUACAAAACGGUUUAAUAUUGCAAAAUUUUAUUGUCGUUUACCUUUUCUAUAGACUUUGGAAACUGCCCCUCUCAAAAACGACAUUAAGUGUUGGACAACCUAAUAUUUUAGCUCUACGCAACACAUUCAACGGUGAGGUUUCCAUUUCCUUCUCCGUCCUAAAGCCUACAAGUCGAAUAGAGCUUGCGUCGGCGGUUUGGAUUCGAUUAGUCUCACUGGAAUCCGAAUCAGGCCUGCUGAAAGUCGUGAGAGUCAACAGCGCCCCGCAGAAUCACCUGAUAAUCCAUUCGGCAGUUAGUUUGGACGUUGACAAAAAUUACACGUUGAACUUGAAGUACUCUGGAAAAAUCAGCACCGGACAGAAUGGGGGGCUGUUUUCGUAUGUAUACGAAAACCCGGAGAACCGGAGAACGUAAGAAAUGAAAUCGUUAUAGAAUCGCAAGGGAAGUACCCCAAGUGCGACGCUCAGAUUUUGAUGAAACUUGGCACAAAUUUAGAAUAAUUGUUUCUAAACUAUAUGCGAGAAUCCUAGCACGCGCUAUGCGGAAACAACCAAGAUUUUUAAAUCGAAAGUUGGCGAAAAUUUGACACUUUUUGCCGAAUUUCGGCACAAAAAGUUUCAUGCCUAUUUCUACCAUAGAGAGUAAUGUUUCCACAAAAAAUCAAUUUUUUCCGCAAGAAACUGGCAAAGUUAUGGCCAAAAAGCGUUUUUCUAUCUGACCGCUCUCCGCCUUUAGCGUACUCUCUCGGCGGCAAAGGUCGUGCAAUAUAUCGGCGGCGCUUGCAAAGCGCGGGCUAAGACUUUCAGGAAUUGAUACUUAGUUCAUGAUCGACGUGUGUGCAAAAUUUAAGGAAAAUCUGAGCGUCGCACUUGGGGUAAUUCCCUUGUAAGAAUAUAGCCAUCCUUUGUAAAUUGUUAAAAACUGCACGCUGCGAGUUUUGGCAAAAGUUGUGAAUGUUUAUUUUUACCAUGGAGAGCAAUCGUUCUCCAAAAAAAAAAAAAAGAAAAGAAAAAAAAAACCCGGCUCAAAAUUGGCAAAAAUAUGGCCAAAAACAAUGAAGCCUUGCUGUAACAAAUACGUUUUUUCUUCCCUUGUUGUUGAGAUUAUGUAAUUUGUCUAAACAUACCAUCAGUUUCGCCUGGGUUUGUUUAAUUAGUUAAUUCAUUUAGUUCUUUGGUUGCAACCCAGUUUGAGACCGUCCACGCCAGACAAGCCUUCCCCUGUUUCGACGACCCGAGCUUCAAAGCCACCUUCUCCAUCUCAGUUAUCCAUCCAAGAGCUGCGCAAGCCUACAGCAAUGAGGAAGUUGAGGAAAGCCGGGACUACGAGUAAGUGAAAACACUUCAAAAUUUUUCGCUCCUUGCAGUAAUCAGCGAACACUUACACGGUUCAAAACAACUGCCAGAAUGUCGUCGUACUUGGUAGCGUUUGCCGUGGGAGACUUUGCCAAGUCGAAAGCGGUUUCAAAAAGCGGAGUUGAGGUAAUAAAUGGAUGCCAAACAUGAUCUAUAUCUUUUGUCAGAUCAGAGCAAUUGCUAUCCGCAACCGCAAGGAUUUCAUCAACAACACCGUCGUACACGCAGCUAGAUGCGUUGACGAAAUGGAGAAGCUUUUGGAAGUCGGCUGUCCCAUAAAAAAGCUCGGUUUGUUCUCGAACAGUAAUGUGUUAUUAGGGUGUCCAAUCUUGUGUAUUUUUGGGUCGUCGACUUGUGCGAACUCUUGCCAGCUUUGAGGCGCAUUACGAGAUAUGUUGAACAUACGGGUUUGAAGCUCAGAAAAUGCUCUUUUAAACCAUGUAGAGCAAGGCUGUAAAAAGUCCACCUGCUACCCGCCCUACCCCAAUGUUUGUACUAGAGAUUAAAAAAAAUUUUUGCUUGCUGAUUUUCCAUGAUAUUGCAGACUUCCUAGACCCGGUCGAAUUCAGCGCCGGAGCGAUGGAAAAUUUUGGGUUGAUCAUGAUUGAAGGCGGGAUUACCGAGCACUUGGGCCGCACAAUCUCUGAAGAGGCGCUGCAACAAAGAUAUCUAUGCCAUGAGACUGCUCAUCAAUGGUAACUCUAACGACAACUUUCCUCGCUUUUUUAAUAUAAAGGCCCCUAUGUUUGGGCCAGUAGAUAUCAUAUAUUGUGAUCCAAUUGACUUGCUUUCUUCAGGUUUGGAGACAUGGUCACUGCCGAUCGAUGGGGUUUGGAAUUUCUACACGAAGCAUUUGCCGAGUUCUUUGAAAUCGAGACUCUCUCAAAAAUUGAGGAGUUCAGGCCCCUUGCGGUAUGUUUCUAGAUGUAUUAUAUUUAAUAAAGCUUCGGAAAAAAAUAAGUCAUAGUUGAUUUAGGAAGCUGCUAAAAUCAAAGCCAUGAAAAAGGCCGUUGAAACCUACGUCUGGGCAGCUCACCCAGUCGUCGCUGACACCAGUAACUUUGACGGUCUGUAAUAUUCUUCCGAGAAUACGAAAUCUUUCCAGAUAUAACUUACAACGCCGCAGGUGGAUUUCUUCGAACCAUUUUUCAUGUUUUGGGAGGAGAUGUGUUCUACAAAGCGUUGAAAAUCUAUCUAACAGAGAACGCGUUCGGUAAUGCGGGCUUGGGAACGCUACUGCAGAGCUUUGUCAAGGUGAGCUCAAAAUUAGUUUGUCGGGAAAAUAAUGAGCAUAAUGUCGCUGCGCCGAUCGCGUCGCUGAAGUGAAAUGCAAUUUCAUUUUGCCGCGAUAUCAUUCAUUUUUUUUUGAUGGCGAUGCGAUUCUCGAUGCGAAAGAGUGCUCAUUAUUUUCCCGACAGACUGUUAUAUACCGAUAAUUACUUUGUUUUGAAGGCACGUGGCAACGAUUCCAUUUGCGGCCCAAUAACUUUUACCGCAUGGGCCAACGAGCACUUUCUCCGAGCCGGAGUUCCCACCGUUCAUAUCGAUCUUAUUGAUGGCCAGUUCGCUAUAAAUCAGAGUCAUCCCACCGGCCUCCAAUGGGCUGUUCCAAUUUUUAUCUUGGAUCUAAAUACUCACAUGGAGCAUAUUCUUUGGCUGCAAAAUGAUGGCCAUCUUUGUUCUGCAGAAAACUUUACAUUAGAUCCCGAAAGAGACUAUAUUUUCAACAGCGAAGCAAAGGGAUUUGCCUUCUACAAUAUCAGCGAUAUCUUGUUGCUGAAAUCGAUUGAGAACCCUGAAGUUUACGAUCUCUCCGUUAGCAACUUACAGCAUCUUCUACAGCAUCUACAGAAGCCACUAGGACCGGAAGGAGUGGGCAGUUUGGUUUACCUAUUUACAAGAAGGAACAAUGGAAAUGUCAGCUUUUCGCUUCUUCAAUUCUUGCCUAAGGACCAUAAAGUAAGCUGUUUUCCUAAAAAGGAUUCCAAACCUCUGUAUAAUGUAUGUUCUAUUAGCUUUUUGCGAAUCGGAUUGAAUAAUAUCCGGCGCUAAAGUCAAGUGCCCAAAACGGCCUCCGCCGAUAAAAAAAGUCUCCGCCGAGGCCUCGGAAAUGUAUGAAACAUUCGCCUACCCACCGUGACUAAGAGAUUAUACAUAUCUUGCCAGGUGUGACAGCCCUAAUUUUACCCAUAGUAAAGAUGUCUGGAAUUUACUACGACAUGUAAUUUUCAAAAAAAGACGUCAAAUGUCUCCGCCGAAAAAUGGUCUCUCCGCUAAGUCGAGAAAAAAUUCUUUUGCAUAUUCUGAAAACUCUCGCCUUUGAAUUUUAAAAACAGUUUAUACUUCCUCGCUAGCUGCACACAGCACAAAGAUAUGGGCCAAAAGUUUUCACAAUAUUUUUUGAAGGACUCUGUAUAACGGAACCUUUCUAUGACAAAUUUAUUUCCUCCUCUGUAGCGACUUGUUGUAGACCACUGUAAUCUCCAUUUCAGCUGUAUAAAGAUGCUAUCCAAAUCAUUAGCGACAACUUUAGCUACAAACCAACGCCCGAGAACAGGUAAGCAACGAAUGUUGCAAGGCCACAUUUUAGACUUCUUGGAGAAACGUUCUUCGAGGCAGCGGUAAACCUCAAUAUCUCCAGCGCCACACAAAAGGCCAGAGAACUUUUUGAAGAAUUCGUAGAGAACUGUGCUCCGGAGAAGGAAAUUGUCGAGUGUACAAAGUGGGUGUCGUGACCGCCACAUAUUUUUAUUUGAAAGAUGAACUUCGAUUUUAGGGCUAUAAUUUCGAUUUUAGGACACCACCGGAAUGGCGCCGAGCAGUUUAUAUUCAAGGAGCCGGAGGAGAUACUGGAAGGACGUUUACCGCAGAGUAUGCUAGGCGACUUGAACGACACCCAUGGCGGUACUACAUGACUCGCGAAAUUCGGAGAUUACAAAACUUGUAAUGGCUUUAGUAUGUCUAUAAAUACAGACAGGUAUUUGCAGGUCGAAUGGCAAAAAAAUAAUCAAAUAAUUUACAAAAAAUUGUACAAAGAUAUACUCUUGCUCAAAAUUGCCUUUUGAGACCUUAGGCAGUCUGUUUAACGACAAUAUUUUUUGUGAAUAAACUGCACUUUACAGUAUCAAGAAGCAAAGUUUCCUCGGAAAAGCAAUGCUCUCCUAGCGAAAUUCUCAUAUCAGCAGAAUUGCUAGAAUUAGUUUUUGUCUGCACACUCUUCGCCUUUUGCGGACUCUCAUUGUCGGCAAGGUUUGUUAAAUAUCUCACUGCAAGAUUUAAAGGAAAUCUGAGCGUCGCGCUCCGAGUUGUUGAAUUUUAAUCACAUUCCUCACCAGAGAUUGCCACGGCGAAAAUUUCAGCUCCGUCUCUUAGCUCCCAGAGCCGGAGCCGAAGCAAAACUUGCAGCUCCGGCUCCCGUUUAAAAUUUAAAAAGGUCUCCGGCUCCGGCACCGGCUCUCGUGCAAAAAUGAAAAAGAAAAUAUUUUUCCAAAAAUAAAAGUUAUUAGUGCCAGAGAUGACACAAAAAAGUUUUUGAGCCAUCGUAAGUACAAAACCCAUCCUUCCCAGUAUUUUUCAAGCAAUUGGUUUCACAAGAUCACGAAAUUUUUACUUUUCUGAACGCUGAGAAGCCUGACUCCGACUUCGGGCUUGGGAGCCGCUCAGAGCCGGAGCCGGCUCUGGAGCAGAGAUUGCCAUGGUCAAAAUGUCGGCUCCGGCUCUUAGCUCCCAGAGCCGGAGCCGAGGCCAAAUUUGCAGCUCCGGCUCCGGCUCUUGGCUCCGUGCAAAAUUUAAAAAGGGCUCCGGCUCCGAAUCCCGGCUCCUAUGCAAAAUAUUUUUUUAAAAAUGUUUUUCCAAAAAUAAAAGUUAUUAGUGCCAGAGAUCAUACAGCCAACGUUUCUGCAGUCAAGUCACAUCCUCCGCAGUGUUUUUCAAGCAAUUUGGUUUAACAAGAUCACGAAAUUUUUACUUUUCUGACCGCUGGGAAGCCUGGCUCCGACUUUGGGCUCGGGAGCCGGAGCCGACCCCAAAAUUUCCGGCUCCGGCUCUGGCUCCGAGCCGGGAGCCAGAGCCGCUCAGAGCCGGAGCUCCGGAGCCGUGGCAAUCUCUGCUCCGGAGCCGUGGCAAUCUCUGUUCUUCACUAGCUCACCAACUUUUACUACAGACCCUGCAGAAUCCCUUGUGAUUGGGCCCAGCACCCGACCAGAUUGCGCAAUCCCCACCUGUUUGAAUUUGUCGGAACAUGCGCACUACCGGUCAUUAUAUAAGACCGAGUUCUCCAAACAACAUUUUCCCUCCGACCCCUCCGGGCUUGGGUGUAUUUGGGGAGUUGCCAUGGCGAUCUCCCCAUUCCUUUCGUAUUUCGCGUCCCCUACGAAUAAAUUUUCUGCGGCCGCCUUUUUGCCCAAGCUCGACCAUAAUUUUGUAUUUGCGAUUGGGAAUUUGGCCCAUGCAUUUGUGGCCAGACUUUCGGAAUAG